CACAGUCCCAAUCCCAACAGUCACACUGCACUGCUCACCCACCUACAUAACAAUAAUAAUAGCUUGAUUCCCGCGUCCCCCGGUGCGCCACCGCCACUGCACCUGAGAUUGCCGCCGGCUCGCUUUCCGAUACCCAAUCACCACCACCCACGUAGCACCAUUCACUUCUCUCUCUCUCUCUCUCUCUCUCUCGCUCUCCGAUUCUCCAAUCACCAUCUUUCUCUCUCAUCCCAAAAUAUCUCGCAGUCCGUACAGACAUGGAUCCGUGCUCCCUGCAACAUUCUUCACAAAUCUAUUUCUUUUUUGGUAAUUUUCUUCUUCAAUCUACGAAGUAGCAGGUGUUUUCUUGCAAACCCACUUCGCUUUCUCUCUCUUUCUUUCUCUGUUUGAAGCUCCCGGAGACAAUUUCUUUCCUCAGUACUUUUUUAAUUUUUCCCCCUAAAUUAGAUUCCAUGCUUCUCGGCAUGGAAAAUAAGUCCCCGCAGAAGAAGAAAAAAUGGUCGCUUUUACUGGUCUUCUCGAUGCUCUUUUCCUCCUUUUUAAUAUUCAUCUCACUGUUCACUUCCUACAGUUCCUCUUCCUCCCCAUUUUCGCCAAAACCCAGAAAGAAUCAAAAGCCAUUGUUUGUGGAAUCGAAGCUCCACAUAGCUUCAACGGCUACGAACCCAAUACCCAGAAUCGCGUACUUGAUAUCGGGAUCGUCCGGCGACGGAGAGAGCUUGAAGAGGACUCUCCGGGCUCUGUACCAUCCCUUGAACCAGUACGCCGUGCAUCUGGACCUCGAGGCCUCGCCGGCCGAGAGACUCGAUUUGGCGAACUUCGUGAGGAACGAACCGUUGUUUGUCAAAUUGGGAAAUGUUAGGGUUGUGACGAGGUCUAAUUUGGUCACUUACCGAGGUCCUACCAUGGUCACUAACACCCUUCACGCGGCGGCGAUUUUGUUGAAGGAGGGCGGUCAGUGGGAUUGGUUUAUUAAUUUGAGUGCCUCAGAUUACCCUCUGGUGACCCAAGAUGAUUUACUUCAUGCAUUGUCAGCAAUUCCUAGAGACCUCAAUUUUAUUGAGCAUACUAGUGAUAUUGGUUGGAAAGAGUUUCAGAGAGCCAGACCUGUAAUUAUUGAUCCCGCACUGUAUACCGUGCAAAAACAAGAUGUGUUUUGGGUUUCAGAGAAAAGGAGCGUGCCCACAGCAUAUAAGCUGUUUACAGGCUCCGCAUGGAUGAUGCUCUCUCGUCCCUUCGUGGAGUACUUUUUGUUGGGGUGGGACAACCUUCCAAGAAUAGUCCUUAUGUAUUAUGCCAACUUUCUUUCUUCACCAGAAGGAUACUUCCACACUGUCAUCUGCAAUGCUGAGGGGUUCCAAAACACAACUGUGAACCAUGAUCUCCACUUCAUAUCUUGGGACAACCCUCCAAAACAACAUCCACAUUUCCUCACUGUUGACGACUACCAGAGAAUGGUACAAAGCAAUACUCCCUUUGCAAGGAAGUUUGGAAAAAAUGAACCAGUUCUUGACAAGAUAGAUUCUGAGCUUUUGGGCCGCAGUGCUGAUGGGUUUGUGCCUGGUGGAUGGUUUGAUAAGGAGGGAUCCUCAAAUUCGACCAUCCCACAACAUGUCAUUGCAAAUGCAACUACUCUCAAGCCUGGUCCUGGCGCUGAAAGGAUCAAACACCUUAUCACCAGUUUGUUAUCAGCGGAAGAUUUUCAUGCAAAGCAGUGCACCUGACACCAGAUAUCCAGCAAAACUGCUUUUGCUGCGUGCAAUGAUCCCAGCUUGUGCAUAUCAACAGAUGAACCAGGGAAUGCUACUCUGUUCAACUAAUAACAGAGAACUGCUGACUGGACUGAUAUAACAAGGCUACGGAGGCCACAAGGAAUUUAUGGUCCUGUUUGGAGUGCUUGAUUGACCUUUACCUCAAUAUAUUCAAUAUGAUAUUUUUGUAGCUCAAUGACUGAUGUUGUAGCUGAAUGUAAUAAUUUAUUGAUGUUACCAUAUUAAGGUUUGACAAUUCAUUUUCUUGUAUGUUGCAUUGUUCCUAUUAAAGUAUGUUCCACUA